AUGGCUUCCAAAGGCGCCCGGCGCUUUUUGAAGCCGGCCCUCUACUCCCUGGGAGCUGCCACCGUCGGUGGUGGUGUCCUCUACGCCUCCCUGCGACCCCGCGAAAUCCCCGGCAAUGAAGCCGCCGUCGUCCCCCCGCCUACCUACGGCCCCGGCGGCGUCUUCAGUCCCCCGAACUUCCCCAAGGUCAAGUCGCGCGAGGAGCAGAUCGCCGACCUGAAGAGCAGCUGCGCCCGCAACUUGACCCACGCCCUGGACAAGGCGAAGAAGGGCAUCUCUGGUUUUAUUGGUUCUAACGACUCGGCUUCCACUCGCGACGCGAACGGCGACGACCCCUACGACCUUCUGGUCAUCGGCGGUGGCGCCACUGGUACUGGUAUUGCCCUUGACGCCGCCACCCGCGGUCUGAAGGUUGCAUUGGUCGAACGCGAUGAUUUCUCUUCCGGCACGAGCAGCAAGAGCACCAAGCUCGUGCACGGUGGUGUCAGGUAUCUGGAAAAGGCUGUUUGGGAAUUGGACUACUCGCAGUACAAGCUCGUCGUCGAAGCUCUCCGCGAAAGACGCUACUUCUUGGACACGGCCCCGCAUCUCUCUCAAUGGCUCCCGAUCAUGAUUCCUAUCGACAAGUGGUGGAAGGCCCCGUACUUCUGGGCCGGAACCAAGUUCUACGACUUCCUGGCUGGCUCUGAGAACAUCGAGACCUCGUACUUCCUCACCAAGAGCAAGGCUAUCGACGCCUUCCCCAUGUUGAAGAAGUCCGACCUCGUCGGUGCUCUGGUUUACUACGAUGGUGCUCACAAUGAUUCCCGCAUGAACGUUUCGCUCGCUAUGACGGCUGCUCUGUACGGCGCCACCGUUGUCAACCACAUUGAGGUCACGGGCUUGGAAAAGGACGCCAAUGGCAGACUGAACGGCGCUCGUGUCAAGGACUGCAUUGACGAGUCUAACGGCAAGGUUCCCCAGGAGUUCACCAUUCGCGCCAAGGGUAUCAUCAACGCUACUGGUCCGUUCACCGACUCCAUCCGCAAAAUGGACGAUCCCCAGACCAAAGAAAUCGUUGCUCCCAGCUCUGGUGUCCAUGUCAUCCUCCCUGGUUACUUCAGUCCUUCGAACAUGGGCCUGAUUGAUCCCUCUACCUCUGACGGCCGCGUUAUCUUCUUCCUGCCCUGGCACGGCAACACGAUUGCUGGCACUACCGACGCUCCCACCGAAGUCAAGCAGAACCCCGUUGCUGGCGAGGAGGAGAUCAGCUGGAUUCUGAACGAGAUCAGUGGUUACCUCGCUCCCGAUAUCAACGUGCGCCGCGGUGAUGUACUUGCUGCUUGGUCUGGUAUUCGUCCUCUGGUCCGUGACCCCAAGGCAAAGAAGACUGAGGGACUCGUUCGCAACCAUCUGAUCACCAUCUCCGACGCGGGACUGUUGACCUGCGCUGGUGGCAAGUGGACUACGUACCGUGAAAUGGCUGAACAAACUGUCGACGAGGCUAUCAAGGAAUUCAACCUGCAGCCUAAGCCCCUCGCCAACCCCCCGCGUGUUUCUGGUACCGACGUUAUCGACGAAAAGGCUAUUCUUGACGGAACCUGCCAGACUCAUAGGGUCCGUCUGAUUGGCGCUCAUGGAUACAGCAAGACCUUGUUCAUCAACUUGAUCCAGCACUUCGGCGUUGACACCGACGUUGCUAAGCACCUCUGCACCGCUUACGGCGAUCGCGCCUGGACUGUCUGCGCCCUCGCUGGCCCCACUGAGCAGCGCUACCCUGUUCGCGGCAAGCGCAUCUCCCCGCUCUACCCCUUCAUUGAUGGUGAGGUCCGCUAUGCCGUCCGUCACGAGUACGCUCAGAACGCCGUCGAUGUCAUCGCAAGACGCACCCGUCUGGCUUUCCUGAAUGCCCAGGCUGCUCUUGAGGCUCUGCCCAACGUCAUUGACAUUAUGUCAGCUGAGCUUGGCUGGGACAAGAAGAGGCAAGAUCGCGAGUGGCGGGAUGCCGUCACUUUCCUCGGCAGCAUGGGUCUUCCCAAGGGAAAGCUCAACUUGACCCGCAAGGACGUUGAGCAGGGCAAGGUUGGUAAGUACGUCGACGAGGAGUAUGGUCUUUAUGCUAGGCAUGACAACCCCGCAGAGACUCUGGCCUCCGACUCCAAGUUCCCCUCUGGCCACAACCCGGUCGGGGGCUCUGAGUCGCCGGCCAACAAAUAA